AUGAAGGUCUUUUCAAACGACUGUACGUUCAACUACUCAUGGGAAGAGGUUUCGACGGCGAACUGGAGGAAGUAUUGUCCGUGGAACGACCAGUCGACGCAUGUCAUUGCAGUCGACACGAUCUCGCGCAGGGUUGACGCUGAGACGGGAGUGUUACGAACAGAACGACUCAUUACGUGCAAGCAAAGCGCGCCGAAAUGGCUCAUGUCCCUCAUGGGCGGCAAUGAUACAUCACACGUCUUCGAAACAUCCUACGUUGAUCCAACAUCAAAAAAGGUCACUAUGAUCUCUCACAAUCUGACCUUCUCGAAUAUCAUCAACUGCCGCGAGACGGUCAUCUACCAGCCGCUCUCGGAGACGCGGACUCAAUUUGUACAGGAUGCGAAGAUCACGGCUGUGUGUGGCGGGUGGCAGAAGAUCAAGAACGCGGUGGAGGAGGCUACAGUGACACGCUUCUCGGAGAAUGCGCAAAAGGGGAAGGACGGGUUCGAGUCAGUAUUGGAGAUGAGCAGGAGGGUUUUUCGGGAAGAGAAGCAGAAGGAGCAGAGCCAGCGGGCUAUCCCUGCAUGA